AUGGCGGCAGCUCCACCCAACUCCGUUCAAUGUUUCGGCCGGAAGAAGACGGCGGUUGCGGUCACACACUGCAAGGCUGGUCGUGGUCUAAUCAAGAUCAAUGGUGUUCCAAUCGAGCUCGUCCAGCCUGAGAUCCUCCGUUACAAGGCGUUUGAGCCGAUUCUCCUUCUCGGCCGUCACAAAUUUGCCGGCGUAGACAUGAGGAUCCGAGUCAAAGGUGGAGGUCACACUUCUCAGAUCUACGCUAUUCGUCAGAGUAUCUCUAAAGCGCUCGUCGCUUAUUACCAGAAGUUUGUCGAUGAAGAACAGAAGAAGGAAAUAAAGGAUAUUCUCGUGAGAUAUGACCGAACGCUACUUGUUGCUGAUCCUAGGAGGUGCGAGCCGAAGAAGUUUGGUGGUCGUGGUGCUCGUGCGAGGUUUCAGAAGUCAUACCGUUGA